CCCCCAUUCCUCCUCCUCCUCCUCCUCCUCCUCCGCUCGGACGGCCACAUUCCCCGCUACCUUUCACCCCUGAGAAACCCCGAUCUGACUGCGAAUCAGCGCGGACAAACCCCGGGACAACAUGGCGUCAGGUGUCACAGUGAAUGAUGAGGUUAUCAGGGUGUUCAACGACAUGAAGGUGAGGAAGUCUUCGACCCAAGAUGAGGUGAGGAAGAGGAAGAAGGCGGUUCUGUUCUGUCUGAGCGAGGACAAGAAGAAGAUCAUCGUGGAGGAGGGGAAGCAGAUCCUGGUGGGCGACAUCGGAGAGACGGUGGAUGACCCCUACGCCUGCUUCGUCAGCCUCCUCCCCCCCAACGACUGCAGAUACGGUCUGUACGACGCCACCUACGAGACCAAGGAGUCCAAGAAGGAGGACCUCGUCUUCAUCUUCUGGGCUCCAGAGGGCGCUCCACUGAAGAGCAAGAUGAUCUACGCCAGCUCUAAAGAUGCCAUCAAAAAGAAGUUUACAGGUAUCAAACACGAGUGGCAGGUGAACGGGCUGGAUGACAUCCAGGACCGCGCAACGCUGGCUGAGAAGCUGGGCGGGAACGUGGUAGUGUCUCUGGAGGGCAAGCCGAUGUGAUGUCAAUGCGGCGAGCCAAGCGGAGCCAAGCCAACCGCCGUGCCAUCCGGACCGAAGCACCUGACCCCACCUGAACACCGCCGCUUCACUCAGCAGCUUGCUCUGUCUGUAUCCAUGUCCUGAAGGAGUUAGCGUCUUUAGGCUUCUUUGUUUUCUUUUUGUUCUUUUUGCUUUUUUUCAAUAUGAAGGAGAUCUCAUUAACAUAAUGAUAUGCAAACACCUCCCAGUUUGUUGCCACAUGACUUCUGUUCACCUGGCAGAAAAAUCGACACACUACCAAACCCCAGGAAGGUUGUCUCUCUCUCACAGCCAGAGUUUUGCCAAAAAGUCGAUGUGAAGGAAGCAGCCACACGUGUCAGAGGAGAGCGCCGCACCGCGAAGCUCCGCCUCCUGCAGCUUUUUACAUAUGACUUUAUUUAUUAUUGUAAACUGUUGUUUCUUCUUCAGCAUGUUCAACCAGGCAGACUUAUUGUUAGACUAUGCAUCAGAGGAGAAGAAGAAGCCGAUGAUUACCCAGCACUUUUUGUUGAAACACUACAGGUCGAGACAGAACGUUAAAUUCUCUGUUUGUCACCACGCUAACGUUUGUUUACCUCAGUUCUCAUUCCUGUCGGACUCACCGUCAUUCUAGCUGUUUGGUCGUCGCCUUACUUUCAGUUUGAAUGUAAACGUCACACCAGUUAGUUAGAGUGCACUUUUAUUUUGUAAAGAAACACUACAGGAAGCCGAAAUUGACCCCAGCAGUGAGAGACGACCCCACAACAACAACAACAACAACAACAACACGACGACAUCUGGAGCCUUAAAGUGGAACGUUGUUUCUGAGAUCACAGGAAGCCACUUUGCAAUAAAAGCCUGUGGCAGAUCUGA